CUGCGCCUUCGCCUCUUUCUCUUCGCAGUGAUCAGUUGGACGUACACGCGUGUUCCUCCCUCCAUUCAAGAUGUCCAAAGCAUUCGAUCCCGUGUCCUUCGCCAAGGAUUUCUUGGCCGGCGGUAUUGCCGCUGCCAUCUCUAAAACAGCUGUGGCCCCUAUUGAGCGUGUUAAAUUGUUGUUGCAAGUCCAACAUACCAGCAAACAGAUCGCCAAGGACCAACAGUACAAGGGUAUGGUGGAUUGCUUUGUUCGCAUCCCCCGUGAGCAAGGCUUCCUGGCGUUCUGGCGUGGCAACUUGGCCAACGUCAUCCGUUACUUCCCCACACAGGCCCUCAACUUUGCCUUCAAGGACAAGUACAAGCAGAUCUUCUUGGGUGGCGUUGACAAGAACAAGCAGUUCUGGAGAUUCUUCGCUGGCAACUUGGCGUCUGGUGGUGCUGCUGGUGCCACUUCGCUCUGCUUCGUCUACCCUCUUGACUUCGCCCGAACAAGGCUGGCCGCUGAUGUCGGUAAGGGACCCGAAGCCCGUGAAUUCAAGGGUCUUGGCGACUGCUUGGUGAAGAUCUUCAAGGCCGAUGGCUUGGGUGGCCUGUACCGUGGCUUCUUCGUGUCCGUGCAGGGCAUCAUCAUCUACCGCGCUGCCUUCUUCGGUCUCUACGAUACCGCUAAGGGCAUGACUGGCAAGACCAACAUCCUGAUCUCCUGGGCGAUUGCUCAGUGCGUCACAACCGUGUCCGGCAUCAUCAGUUAUCCCUUCGACACUGUCAGGCGACGCAUGAUGAUGCAGUCUGGCCGUAAGGGUGGCGACAUCAUGUACAAGAGCACCGUCGACUGCUGGAGGAAAGUUGCGAGCCAGGAGGGCGCAUCUGCCUUCUUCAAGGGAGCCUUCUCGAACAUCCUUCGUGGCACAGGCGGCGCUCUGGUGCUGGUCAUGUACGACGAGAUUCAGAUCCUCUUGUUCGGUGCCAAGAUCGGCGGUAUGGGCGGCGAAUAAACGAGACAUUAUCUCUCGUGCUCCGUGUCUCAAUGAGUAUUUCACUUUAUAAAAAGAAUAAAAACUUAUUUAAUCUUCCAACCCCGUGAAAGUUAUUUAUUAGCGUGUACAGGGAUUCGCUAUCUUUCUUAGUUUGGAUGUUUGCAUGCAAUAAUGACGGGAUGAGUCGAUGGAGGGAUGCCUCACGACUCAUUCCUCCCGCUGCUCGUCUUGCCGCCCAACAAAGAAACCUUAGGGAGGAUGUAGGGUUGUACAGUGCUAUGAAAGCGUCAUUACUUGUUUCAUCUUUUCAAU